UGCACUGGGUGCCGCAGCUGCGAAAGCGCCGCUGAUGGAAGCGGGCGCCGCAUCAACGAUCGCACCCUCCGCCCAGGCCGCCGAACCACUUAGCGAGACUAGAGCGGCUCCUGCUGCGCCAACUGGCCCCACUGAAAUGAACUCACUCAAGAGCGGUGACCCAGAGAAGGCUGGUGUAACGCACUGUCGGUCCGUUAUCUCUGCCACUAUGCGGGAUUCUCCGACGGGCGAGUUUACCUGCAGUCGUGCGAAAGCAGCGCAGGAAACUUUUGCGAUGGCUUGUGAUCUGCAUGCAGGCGCCUCCGCUACAGACACCGUCAUGUCGAUGCCUGCGCACGUGACCGCUGCUGAAAGCUCAGUUGCUACGCCGGAGGCCGUGGGCGUGUAUUUCAGCUCGGACGCAAUGGGCCAAAGCUUUGCCGUUGAACAGGCGAAAAAGCCCACAUGGGAAGCUCCUGACGCGAACAGGGCGACCACAUGGGCCACAGUUCCUGUCGUCGCGGAUGUGCACUUGGCAGCAACUCCGAGCACCGCAACACUGUCCGGCGGUGAAACCGCUGUUAUCGUUGCGCCGGACAAUGUGGGUACAGCGACGGAAGCCCGCAGGCGGCUGUACUUGAGCGUGGCGGUAACCUACUUGGCGGCACUGUCGUUCGGCCUGGCCAUUGCUUACUCGUCGCCAGCGCUUCCGGGAAUACGGAAGGCAAUGGAGUUCAGCGACAGUGACAGCGGCUGGUUCGGCUCCCUUGUUACUCUUGGUGCGGUCAUCGGUGGUUUAAGCGGGGGUGAGCGACUGAAGCGCGACAAGCACAUAUAAUUUCUAGUUUUAGUUCGUUUGGAGCAUGCACGGUUGAAAGUUCUUGCGCGUCGUGGGGCGACACAUCUAUACAAAAACGCGCCGUGCGUGCUAGGCAAUUUGUAUAUGGAACUGCUUUUAUUAUUAGGGCACAAGCUGAGACAGCGCCUUCAGUACUGCAAUUAUG